UCGAAACGUAGAGCAACGUGAGAAAGCGAGAAAUCAUUCAGUCAGUAAAAUCAUGGCGUCCGCCAGUACGGGGAGCAGGGUGUCCUGCGGGAGGGAUUUGAAUUGUGUGCCUGAGAUAGCCGAUACGUUAGCCGCGGUCGCCAAACUUGGGUUUGACUUCCUGUGCAUGCCCCUCUUCCACCCGAGGUUCAGGAGGGAGUAUGAGUUGGAGCCCGCAAAAUCCCGACCUGGAGCCCAUACCCGCUCAGACCUGCUAUUAUGUGGCAGAGAUUGGAAUACUCUAAUUGUUGGGAAGCUCUCUCCAUGGAUCGACGCAGAUUCAGAAAUCGAGACAGAACGCAGAAACUCAGAGGCUGCCCUUACCCAGGAGCUAAACUUUUCCGCCUACUUGGGUCUGCCUGUCUUCAUGAUCCCUUUGAGGGGCCCUAGUAAUGCCAAUCUAGCCCGAGUGCUGCUAAACCACAUCCACACUGGACAUCACACCUCAAAUUUCUGGAUACGAGUCCCGCUGAUGGCGUCGGAAGACAUGCGGGAAGAUCUGAUUGAGAAUGAACCGGCCUCUUGUAUUGAUGACACAAGUGUGGAUGAGAAGACCUGGAUCUGGUGGAACUCAUUCAGAACCCUUUGUGACUACAACAAGAGGAUCUGUCUUGCGAUUGAAAUUGGACCAGAUAUGCCAUCAGACACUGUGAUUGAUAAAUGGCUCGGAGAACCAAUCAAAGCAGCCAUUCUUCCCACCAGCAUCUUCCUAACUAAUAAGAAGGGAUUCCCUGUCUUGUCAAAAGCCCAUCAGAGAAUAAUCUUCCGUCUCUUCAAGUUGGAGGCCCAGUUCAUCUUCACAGGCACCAGUCGGCACACUGACAAGGACUUCCGAUCCUACCUGCAGUACCUGGAGUACCUCAACCAGAACAGGCCUGCACCCAAUGCCUACGAGCUCUUUGCUAAGGGUUAUGAAGACUACCUGCAGUCACCUCUGCAGCCCCUCAUGGACAACUUGGAGUCUCAGACAUAUGAAGUGUUUGAGAAGGAUCCUAUUAAGUACUCACAGUACCAACAGGCUGUAUAUAAAUGUCUGCUGGACAGAGUUCCAGAGGAGCAGAAAGACACUAAUGUUCAGGUGUUGAUGGUGUUGGGAGCAGGUAGGGGUCCUCUGGUCAAUGCAUCCCUGCGUGCUGCCAGACAGGCAGACAGGAAACUGAGGGUGUACGCUGUGGAGAAAAAUCCCAAUGCUGUAGUGACGCUAGAGAAUUGGCGCUUUGAGGAGUGGGGCGAUCAGGUGACAGUGGUGUCAUGUGACAUGCGGGAAUGGGCCGCACCAGAGAAAGCUGACAUCAUUGUGAGCGAGCUGCUCGGAUCAUUUGGCGACAAUGAACUCUCCCCAGAGUGCUUAGAUGGAGCACAGCACUUUCUCAAAGAUGAUGGAGUGAGCAUUCCCUGUUCCUACACGUCCUACCUGGCUCCUCUGUCGUCCUCCAAGCUUUACAACGAAGUACGAGGGUGCCGGGAACGAGACAAGGACCCGGAGUCCCAUUUUGAGACUCCCUAUGUUGUGCGUCUUCAUAACUUCCACGAGUUGGCUGAUCCGAAACCCUGCUUCACCUUCACACACCCCUCAGCAGAUAUGAACAAUAACCGGUAUCAGUGCCUCAGAUUCACAGUAGGUUGUAACUCAGUGCUCCAUGGCUUUGCCGGCUACUUUGAGACCACACUCUACAAAGAUGUCACACUCAGUAUAAAACCAGAUACACAUUCACCUGGAAUGUUCUCCUGGUUCCCCAUCCUCUUCCCGCUUAAACAACCCAUCUCCUUAUCCCGGGAUGACGAUGUCACAGUGCGGUUCUGGCGCUGCAACAACGGGAAGAAGGUUUGGUAUGAAUGGGCUGUGACGGAGCCCUCCUGCUCUGCCAUUCACAACCCCGCAGGCCGUUCUUACACCAUCGGCCUGUGAAGGAGACGCAUCGGCAGACUCGCACGUUUCUGUCAGACUUUGUGGCAGUUGAAGAACGGGUGUUGUGACACUCCUGUACACAGUUAAAACCUGGACUUAUGGUGUAAGCCCUUAAAAAGUCAGUGGUGGUAGGCACUUUUGAGUUUAGGAAGAAGUUGAUCAGAUAAAAGCAAGUUUGAACCUUUUUUGUUCUGUUUUAAUCUAGUGCUACAUUCACCACUGUCACCUGAACACAAAGUGUACUGUUGCUGUGAGAUCGUCUCAAAACUGUUACCACUGGGUCAUCCUGCUAUACUUUUUACUUUGUUUUCCUUGUUGUUUUGAUUAAGAGUUGCAGAGAUAGCACACGCAAUUCUAAUGGACUUGACGCCUUAUCAAACACACAUUCCAUACCAAUAUUUGCAUAUUGAAUCCUUCAGCACGGGAGGAUCAGAGCAAGAAAUGGCUUUUCAGGUUACACACCACGAUGUUUGAGGCGGUCUCUUCAUACCUUUAAUCUGUUUAAACAAUGUCAAUAAAGGCAAUGCUGUACUGUUCUCUA